AUGGGGCUUCUGAGCAGCAAGAGGCAAGUCAGUGAGAAGGGCAAGGGCACAAAGGUUGCUGCCCUGAGCAAGGUUCCCCCACUGCCGCCGCCCUUGGUCCUGUUUAACCACCUUGACCCUCCACCUCCUGACCAGCACCCACACCAAGAGGAGCGUUUUGUGGUGGCCCUAUUUGACUAUGCCGCUGUGAAUGAUGGGGACCUACAAAUGCUGAAAGGGGAGAAGCUGCAGGUCUUGAAGGUAACUGGAGACUGGUGGUUGGCCAAGUCACUCGUCACGGGGAGAGAAGGCUAUGUGCCCAGCAAAUGUGUGGCCCCAGUACAGACCCUGGAAGUGCAAAAGUGGUUCUUCAGGUCAAUCAGCCGGAAAGACGCUGAGAGGCAGCUGUUGGCUCCAGUGAACAAGGCCGGCUCCUUCCUCAUCCGAGAAAGUGAGACAAUUAAAGGUGCCUUUGCCCUGUCUGUGAAGGAUGUCACCCCCCAGGGGGAGAUGGUCAAGCACUAUAAGAUCCAUUCCCUGGACGAAGGGGGCUAUUACAUCUCCCCCAGGAUCACCUUCCCUUCCCUCCACACCCUGGUGCAGCAUUAUACAAAGAAAGGGGAUGGCUUGUGCCAGAGGCUGACUUGGCCCUGCAUGAGCCUCACCCUGCAGAAGCCAUGGGCCCAGGAUGAAUGGGAAAUCCCCUGGCAGUCUCUCAAGUUGGUCCGGAAGCUCGGGUCGGGGCAGUUGGGUGAAGUCUGGAUGGGUUAUUACAGAAACAACAUGAAAGUGGCCAUCAAGACCUUGAAGGAGGGAACGAUGUCCUCGGAAGCCUUCCUGUGUGAAAGCAUUGCAGCACGAGAAGCGUUGCAGCAUGAGAGGCUGGUCCGUCUCUACGCCGUGGUCACCAGGGAGCCCAGCUACAUCGUCACGGAGUACAUGGCCAGAGGUGGGGCCCUCCUAUUUUUGAAGACAGAUGAAGGUAGCAGAUUAUCUCUGUCAAGACUGAUUGACAUGUCGGCUCAGGUUAGGGUCAAGUUCCCCGUUAAGUGGACCGCUCCAGAGGCCCUCCACUUUGGGGUGUUCACCAUCAAGGCUGAUGUGUGGUCCUUCGGAGUCCUCCUGAUGGAAAUUGUCACCUAUGGACGUGUGCCCUACCCAGGGAUGAGCAACCUGGAGGUCAUUCGCAGUCUAGAACGUGGGUACCGUAUGCCGCACCUGGACACGUGUCCGCCAGAGCUGUACAACGACGUCGUUGCUCAGUGCUGGCGCAGCCGGCCUGAGGAGCGGCCCACCUUCGAGUUCCUGCAGUCGCUGCUGGGGGAUUUCUGCAUGGCCACCGAAGGCCAAUAUGAGCUGCAGCCCUAA